AAUAAAAUCGCACCGCUUUAUUUUCUUCUCUCUCCGACAGUCGAUUUCUAGAGAGAGAAACGUCAAAAGGAUUGUAGGGAGAGAAAGGCCCCUUCUUCCCAUUCAAUCAAACGACCUCUUAAACAAUGGCGGGUUUUAGGGUUUCUGGGGUUUAGUGAUCGACGAAUUUGUUAAAAUCUCGAUGGAAAUGCCCGGUAGGAGAUCGAACUACUCGCUUUUAAGCCAAGUCGACGAUGAGCAGUUCGCCGCCGGGGUUGGUGUGACUGGGACUUCGUUUUACGAGUCGUCUUCGGCAUCGGGAGAGGGCAAGAACAACAAGGGGAAGGUCGAAAGAGGCUUCGAUUGGGAGACUGGAGCUGAUCACAGAGGGAAUCAGCAGGUCAGUCGGAUCGGGAACGUGUAUUCGUCAUCGAUCGGAUUACAAAGGCAGUCGAGUGGGAGUAGCUAUGGUGAGAGCUCGCUUUCGGGUGAGUACUACCCCCCGACGCUGUCGACUGCGGCGGUCAAUGAGAUCGAUUCGAUGGGGUAUUUGCAUGAUGAUGUUUUUAAGAUUAGCGGUGGAGGAGGAAGUGAGUACAGAGGGAAGGGAUUAGACGGUGUUGGGGGCACCGGAGGAUCGUCUUCGGGGAAGAGCUGGGCUCAGCAGACGGAAGAGAGUUAUCAGUUGCAGCUAGCUUUGGCGCUUCGGCUGUCAUCUGAUGCGACUUGUGCUGAUGAUCCCAAUUUCUUGGAUCCAGUGCCCGAUGAAUCCGCCUUAAGGGCCUCGUCGCCGAUUUCAAUUGAUGCAAUUUCACAUAGGUUUUGGGUGAAUGGAUGCCUGUCGUACUUUGACAAAGUUCCAGAUGGAUUUUAUUCAAUUCUUGGCAUGGAUCCUUAUGUGUGGACUAUGUGUACUGAUCUGCAAGAGAAUGGUCGUAUACCCUCACUUGAAUUACUAAAGUCUGUUGAUUCUAGCCUUGGCUCUUCAAUUGAAGCAGUUCUUGUUGAUAGGCGUAGUGAUCCCAGUUUGAAGGAACUUCAUAAUAGAGUUCUUGGCAUUUCCAGUAGCUGCGUAACCACAAAAGAGGUUGUGGAUCAGCUUGCAAAGCUUGUAUACAGCCGCAUGGGGGGUUUAGCUUCUGUAGGAGAAGAUGACUUGGUUUCAGCCUGGAGGGAGGGUAGUGAUGAUCUGAAAGAGUGCCUAGGUUCUGUUGUUGUUCCAAUAGGCAGUCUAUCCAUCGGCCUGUGUAGGCAUCGAGCACUGCUAUUCAAAGUUUUAGCUGACAUAAUUGAUUUACCAUGCCGAAUUGCCAAGGGGUGUAAGUAUUGUAGAAGAGAUGAUGCUUCCUCAUGUCUUGUCCGCUUUGGGCUUGAUAAGGAGUAUUUAAUAGAUUUGAUUGGGAAUCCAGGUUUCUUAUGUGAGCCUGAUUCCUUGCUCAAUGGUCCGUCAUCCAUUUCAAUUUCUUCACCAUUGCGCUUUCCACGACUGAAACCAGUUGAAACCACCAUUGAUUUCAGAGCACUGGCCAAACAGUACUUCUCGGAUUGUCAAUCGCUUAAUCUUGUAUUUGAUGAAGUCUCAUCAGGACCUACAACCGAUGAAGAAAACCAUCGAUUUCCAAUGUAUCUCAAGCCAUAUGAUAGGAAUAGUCCAGAUGUUAAGAGCUUUUUGCCGAUUCCUGGUCACAUUGAUGAAACAGCUCGGCCUACUAAAGUUGGUCCACCUGGUGUUCCAGAUAGUCCUGCUCAAAAUAUUAUACAGCCAAGAAUCAAAGAACCAUCUGUUGGGCAUGGAGAAGGAGGUCAACUGAUUCCUAGUAAGGGAGGUCAACUGAUUCCCAGUAAACCUAGCAACAAAUUUAACCUUGACAUAGAGGAUUUGGACAUUCCAUGGAGUGAGCUGGUAAUAAAAGAAAGGAUUGGAGCAGGUUCUUUUGGCACUGUUCAUCGUGCUGAUUGGCAUGGCUCAGAUGUUGCUGUUAAAAUUCUUAUGGAGCAAGACUUUCAUCCAGAACGCUUCAAUGAAUUUUUGAGGGAGGUUGCAAUAAUGAAACAUCUGCGACAUCCAAAUAUUGUUCUCUUUAUGGGAGCUGUGACACAGCCUCCAAACUUGUCCAUAGUCACAGAAUAUUUAUCAAGAGGUAGCUUGUAUAGGCUUUUGCAUAAAUCUGGUGCAAGAGAGGUAUUGGAUGAGAGGCGUCGGUUGAAUAUGGCUUAUGAUGUGGCAAAGGGAAUGAAUUAUCUUCAUAGACGUAAUCCACCAAUUGUUCAUCGAGAUUUGAAAUCUCCAAAUCUUCUGGUUGACAAGAAAUAUACUGUGAAGGUUUGUGAUUUUGGUCUUUCACGCCUAAAGGCAAACACAUUUCUUUCAUCGAAAUCAGCUGCUGGGACUCCUGAGUGGAUGGCACCAGAAGUUCUCCGCGAUGAGCCAUCAAAUGAGAAGUCAGAUAUUUACAGCUUUGGUAUAAUAUUGUGGGAACUUGCCACUUUGCAACAACCAUGGACUAAUUUAAAUGCUGCACAGGUUGUGGCAGCUGUUGGUUUUAGAGGCAAAAGACUUGAGAUUCCUCGUGAUUUGAAUCCUCAAAUUGCUUCUUUAAUUGAAGCAUGCUGGGCCAAUGAACCGUGGAAGCGACCUUCAUUUGCCAGUAUCAUGGACUCUUUGAGGCCAUUGAUUAAACCUCCUACACCUCAACCUGGCCAUCCGGAUUUGCAAUUACUAACCUGAAUGGUGGAACAUUCAAUAAGUCUUAUUCAUGCACAUAGUACAGCAUUCUUAUCUGAUUGUUGACAGGCAGGUGUCGUGCUGUUCAGAUAGUCUCAGGUACGGUGUUCUUAAACCUGACUCGUGUUUGCAAAUCUUUAUUUUUCCUUGUAGAAAAAUGGCUUGUAAAUAGUGGAAUCAUGUAUAGAAAAAUGGCUUGUAGACUCGGAAUCUCAUAGUCAUGAUUUUGCUCUGUCAAACUAAAAAUACUUCCAUUCUUUUACCCCCACUGUAGGCUCAAUAUUUAGUGCUUCCUUUCUUUGUUAUUUGUAAAAUGGCAUCAUUUUCAGGUAGAUAUUGUACUGAAUGUGCCUGUAACCUUGAUGAGUAUCCGGUAUAGCGAAGGAUUGUGUUAGUGUCAUUUUUUUUUUGUUCACUCCAGAAGAAAUUUAGCUUUAGUUUGUGAUUUUUAUUCUGUAAUAAAACAAAUUGUACAAUUCUAGUGCAUCAAAGUUUUUCGAUUGGUGUCAA